AUGGCUAAAAUGCGAGCUUUUGUAACGGAUGGCAAAGGAAGCGGCUCCGUCCAGUUGGUUCCUCGUCCAAGCCCGCGAGAAGGGGAAAUUCUUGUCAAGAUUCACUACGCGGCUCUGAAUCCUGGUGAUUGGAAACUCGUUGAAGGCGAUGUCUUGGACGGACCAGCACAGCCGGGUCUCAUUGCAGGCUGUGACUUCGCCGGUACAGUCGAAGACCUUAACGGUUCAGACUGGAAGAAAGGCCAGAGAGUUGGUGGCUGGGUUCAUGGCGCAACCUUCGAAGGUGUUGGAUCUUUUGCAGAGUACAUGAACAUCGAGGCAUCACUCGUAUUUGCCGUGCCCGACAACAUCAGCUUGCAGCAGGCAUCGACUAUCCCGCUCGCUUUUGCGACGGCCACGCAAGCUAUGUAUCAACACUUGUCCUUACCUGAGCCCUACCAAUCCAGGGAAGACAGAGUGGACUUUCUAGUGUAUGGUGCUUCCACGAGUGUUGGACUGUAUGCUGUGCAACUUGGCCGGGUCAGCGGUCUUCGUGUCAUCGCAGUGGCCUCGUCCAAGAACCAUGACCUCCUCAAACGGCUAGGUGCUGAGGUCACAGUCGACUACCACGAUGAAGAUUGGGUUGGCCGUGUCAAAGAGGUUACUUGGGGGAAAUUGAAAUAUGCCCUCGAUAACAUUGCAGAUGGAGGUUCUGCAGAGAAAGUAGCCCACUGUCUAGCUCACAGCGCAGGGUCUCGCCUGAUUUCUCUAUCGCCACUCGACAAAGAGUCUCUUCGCGCUGUCAAUUCAUAUGUCAAAGCUGAGUCAAUGCUCGCUUUUACAGUCUUUGGUAGGGCGUUGGGUGAGGAAUACACUGUGUUUGAUAAUACAGGGCCCGAGACGCCUGGCGAGAAAAGUGCCUGGGAGAAGUACCUACGACUAGUAACCGGGAUGCUGGAGAGGGGCGAUCUUGAGGCGAACCCUGUAGUAAAAGUUGGAACUCUGGAAGAUGUCAUCGACGCUUUUCGAUUGAGCAGAGAAGGGCAGUUGUCGGCUACCAAGGCCGUUCUGAGGGCUGAGGCGGAACUUGGAAAGGAUGGGUAUAAGUGA